UGUCAGGAGGCAGCCGUGCUUAGCUGCCCCAGCAGAUCCUGCGGCCCUGUGAGCCCUUUCCCCUCGGCCAGCCCCUCCUGUGGAGUUGCCAAGAUGUCUCUCGUUGCUGUGCCCUUCUACCAAAAGAGACACAAGCACUUUGACCAGUCGUACCGCAACAUCCAAACAAGGUACCUUCUGGAUGAAUACGCGGCGAAAAAGAAGCGCGCUUCUGCCCAGUCGUCUUUGCAGAGAUCGGUCACUCGGAAGUCGUCCUCGCAGAGGGAGUCCAGCCGGGCAGCGUUGGGAGAGACCACCCUGGGGGAGACCACCCUGGGGGAGACCACCCUGGGGAGGACCACCUGCCCGCUGUGCGCCAAGAGGAUGAGCAGUGCUCUGGAAGAGGAGGCCCAGGAGAGGAAGCGCAGGUACCAGUCGAUGGUGGCUGCCUACGGGGAGGCCAAGCGGGAGCGCUACCUGAGCGAACUGGCCCAGCUGGAGGAGGAUGUGCAUGUGGCCCGCACCCACGCCCGGGACCAGCUGGACAGGCUGGCCCUGCAGCACGCGGGCAGACACGGCCUGCACCACGCGGUGGACGACAGGCUGGCCUGGGAGCGGCACUCGUUCGAGGAGCGAAUAAGCCGGGCGCCCGAGAUCCUGGUGCGGCUGCGCUCGCACACCGUCUGGGAGCGGAUGUCAGUCAAGCUGUGCUUCACGGUGCAGGGGUUCCCCACCCCCGUGGUGCAGUGGUAUAAAGACGGCAGCUUGAUCUGCCAGGCCGGGGAGCCGGGCAAGUACAGAAUUGACAGCAAGUACGGCGUGCACACACUGGAGAUCAACAGGGCCGACUUUGACGACACCGCGACCUACUCGGCGGUGGCCACGAACGUGCACGGACAGGUGUCCACCAAUGCGGCAGUGGUGGUGAGAAGGUUCCGGGGUGACGAGGAGCCGUUCCAUUCGGUGGGGCUCCCAAUUGGAUUGCCCCUGUCGUCCGUGAUCCCGUACACGCACUUUGACGUUCAGUUCAUUGAGAAAUUCGGAGUCACCUUCCGGCGGGAGGGCGAGACCCUCACUCUCAAGUGCACACUGCUGGUGACGCCAGACCUGAAGCGCGUGCAGCCCAGGGCCGAGUGGUACCGAGACGACGUGCUGCUGAAAGAGUCCAAGUGGACCAAGAUGUUCUUCGGAGAAGGCCAGGCCUCGCUCUCCUUCAGCCACCUCAACAAGGAUGAUGAGGGGCUCUACACCCUGAGGAUCGUGUCCAGGGGGGGGAUCACCGACCACAGCGCCUUCCUGUUUGUCCGAGAUGCUGACCCCCUGGUCACUGGGGCCCCAGGCGCUCCCAUGGACGUGCAUUGCCAUGACGCGAACCGGGACUACGUCAUUGUGACCUGGAAGCCCCCCAACACGACCAAGGAGAGCCCUGUUAUUGGCUACUUCAUCGACCGAUGCGAGGUGGGAACUGACAACUGGGUACAGUGCAAUGAUGCCCCCGUGAAGAUCUGUAAAUACCCCGUGACUGGACUCUUUGAGGGAAGGUCUUACAUAUUCCGUGUGCGGGCUGUCAACAGCGCAGGGAUCAGCCGGCCUUCCAGAGUCUCCGAGGCUGUGGCUGCCCUCGACCCUGUUGACCUCAGAAGGUUACAAGCCGUCCACUUGGAGGGAGAGAAAGACAUCGUGAACUACCAGGAGGACCUUGAAGGCGAAGUCCAGAUCCCAGGACCUCCCACCAACGUGCAUGCCUCGGAAACCAGCAGGACAUACGUGGUCCUCAGCUGGGACCCCCCCGAGCCCCGGGGCAAGGAGCCGCUGAUGUACUUCAUUGAGAAGUCCAUGGUGGGGAGCGGCAGCUGGCAGCGGGUGAAUGCCCAGACGGCCGUGAGGUCCCCCAGAUACGCUGUCUUCGACCUUGCCGAGGGGAAGCCGUACGUGUUCCGAGUGUUGUCAGCAAACAAGCACGGCCUGAGUGAGCCGUCGGAAAUCACUGCCCCCAUCCAGGCCCAGGACACCAUUGUGGUGCCCUCGGCACCUGGCCGUGUCCUCGCGUCCCGGAACACCAGGACCUCGGUGGUCGUGCAGUGGGAUCGGCCGAAGCAUGAGGAGGACUUGCUGGGCUAUUAUGUGGACUGCUCCGUGGCCGGCUCCAACGUCUGGGAGCCCUGCAACCACAAGCCCAUUGGCUACAACAGGUUCGUGGUGCAUGGCCUCACCACCGGCGAGCAGUACAUCUUCCGAGUUAAGGCCGUGAAUGCUGUCGGCACUAGCGAGAACUCGCAGGAGUCGGACGUCAUAAAAGUUCAGGCUGCCCUCACCGUCCCUUCCCACCCUUAUGGGAUCACCCUCCUGAACUGUGAUGGCCACUCCAUGAUCCUGGGCUGGAAGGUGCCCAAGUUCAGCGGCGGCUCCCCCAUCCUCGGCUACUACAUCGACAAGCGGGAGGCUCACCACAAAAACUGGCACGAGGUCAACUCCUCGCCGCUCAAAGAGAGGAUUCUGAAGGUGGAGGGCUUGACUGAAGGCUCACUCUAUGAAUUCAAAAUUGCUGCUGCCAACAUGGCAGGGAUCGGGCAGCCAUCAGACCCCAGCGAGCUGUUUAAGUGUGAGGCCUGGACGAUGCCGGAACCAGGCCCUGCCUACGACCUGACGUUCUGCGAGGUCCGGGACACGUCCCUGGUGCUGCUCUGGAAACCCCCGGUGUAUUCGGGCAGCAGCCCCGUCUCUGGCUACUUCGUGGACUACAAAGAAGAGGACUCCGGAGAAUGGCUCACUGUCAAUGAGGUCACCACGCCGCAUCGCUACUUGAAGGUGUGUGAUCUUCACCAAGGAAAGACCUACGUGUUCCGCGUGCGGGCAGUGAACGCCAGUGGGGUGGGGAGGCCCUCGGACACCUCGGAGCCAGUGCUGGUGGAGGCCAGGCCAGGCACCAAGGAGGUCAGCGCGGGCGUGGACGAGGAGGGCAACAUCUACCUGAGCUUCGACUGCCCGGAGGUGACGGACGCCUCCCACUUCACGUGGUGCAAGUCCUACGAGGACAUCGCGGACGACGACAGGUUCAAGGUCGAGACCGCGGGGGACCACUCCAAGCUGUACUUCAAGAACCUGGACAAAGAGGACCUGGGCACAUACUCUGUGUCAGUCAGCGACACGGACGGCGUGUCCUCCAGCUUUGUCUUGGAUGAGGAAGAGCUGGAACGUCUGAAGGCCCUGAGCAAUGAGAUCAAGAACCCCACGAUUCCUCUGAAGUCAGAAUUAGCUUAUGAGAUUUUCGACAAGGGCCAGGUCCGCUUCUGGCUCCAGGCUGAGCACUUAUCCCCAGACUCCAGCUACCGCUUUAUCAUCAAUGACAGAGAAGUUGCCGACAGCGAGACACACAGAAUCAAGUGUGACAAGUCCACUGGCGUCAUCGAGAUGGUGAUGGAUCGUUUCACCGUCGAUAACGAAGGCACCUACACUGUGCAGAUUCAAGACGGAAAAGCCAAAAGCCAGUCUUCUCUGGUUCUUAUUGGAGACGCAUUCAAGGCUGUCCUGGAAGAGGCUGAAUUUCAAAGAAAGGAGUUCCUCAGGAAACAAGGCCCACAUUUUGCUGAGUAUCUGCACUGGGAUGUUACAGAAGAGUGUGAGGUGCGGCUGGUGUGUAAGGUUGCAAACACCAAGAAGGAAACGGUUUUCAAGUGGCUAAAGGAUGAUGUUCUGUAUGAAACGGAGAAGAUGCCUGACCUGGAGAAGGGUGUCUGUGAGCUGCUCAUACCAAAGUUGUCGAAGAAGGAUCAUGGUGAAUACAAGGCGACCUUGAAAGACGACAGGGGUCAGGAUGUGUCUACCCUUGAGAUAGCUGGCAAAGUGUAUGAGGAUAUGAUUUUGGCGAUGAGUAGAGUCUGUGGAGCCUCUGCGUCUCCACUGAAGAUUCUCUGCACCCCAGAAGGAAUAAGGCUUCAGUGCUUCAUGAAAUACUUCACUGAGGAAAUGAAGGUGAACUGGUACCACAAGGAUGCUAAGAUUGCGUCGAGCGAGCACAUGAGGAUCGGCGGCAGUGAGGAGAUGGCCUGGCUGCAGAUCUGUGAGCCCACGGAGAAGGACAAGGGGAAGUACACCUUUGAGAUUCUUGACGGCAAGAAGAACCACCAGCGCUCGCUUGACCUGUCUGGUCAGGCUUUUGAUGAAGCAUUUGCCGAAUUCCAGCAGCUCAAGGCUGCUGCUUUUGCAGAGAAAAAUCGUGGCAAGGUGAUCGGCGGCCUGCCUGACGUGGUGACCAUCAUGGAGGGGAAGACCUUGAACCUGACCUGCACAGUGUUUGGGAACCCUGACCCAGAGGUAGUGUGGUUCAAGAAUGACAAGGACAUCGAGCUGAGUGACCACUUCUCAGUGAAGGUGGAGCAGGCCAAGUAUGUCAGCAUGACCAUCAAGGGCGUGACCUCCGAGGACUCGGGCAAGUACAGCAUGCACGUGAAGAACAAGUACGGCGGCGAGAAGAUCGACGUGACGGUCAGCGUGUACAAGCACGGCGAGGAGAUCCCCGACGUGGUGCUGCCCCAGCAGGCCAAGCCCAAGCUGCUCCCCGCGGCUGCCCCCUCACCCGCCCACUGAGGGGCCAGGGGGCCGUGCCAUCGCUGUGGGUGGCGUCCCGCGUGGCCUGACAGCCCCUCGCAUGUUGUGGUUUUAUCUUGCUGUUCUGUUGUUAUAGUUUUGGUCCUUCUGAGCAGAAGAGCGAGUGUUUCCCGUACACUGUGUCUGCAGGCACUGGACAGGGUGGGCUAGGGGCGAGCUGAUGCCUCGCUGGGGUGUUCGGUCCGUGAUGCCUGCAGGCCUGGGGGCUCUGAGAUACUCGGGCGGUCAGCAUAUGUGCCUCUUGCUCUCUGCUUUCUCUCGCUUCAGGCAAUAAAACUUCAAAAGGCAA